UUGCCAUGGGGACGAAUACUGCAACAAGUGUUGAUACCUCGGCGUCAUCAGUCUGCGUGAACAAAACCGUCAAACGAUAAACAAGACGAUAUUAAAGGUGAACCAAUAACUCAGUUGGUUUAGCCUUCUUUACCGAGUACAAUUGUUCAGUCGACGCUUCAGAUGUGUGAAGGACCUUCGUUAAUAUCAGGGCCAAUUCCCCCAGAUCCCUCUCUGUUUCCUCAGUACUACAGACGACCAUCAUCAGCUCGAGGCCGUUUGGAGGGAAACCAUGAUGGGACUUUGGCCCUGCUCUCAGGGCCACUUGCUCCAGAUCCUGUGCUGUACCCAGGUUGCUACAGUGCUCGUACACCCACACAGCAGCCUCGCAUUGGACCUAAUGCUGCCCAUAUACUGGAACGAGGACGUAAAGGAGUGGUUGGGGAUCUACUCAAACUAGAUGGUGUUGCCAUCACCCCUGUUCCCAGACAGAAACAGCGAGUACAUGACUUUGGUAAAGAGAAUGUGCGUCGGCUGCGGGAGAUCCAGAAACGCUGCAAAGAGCAGGAAGCUGAGAGAGCACAGUCCCGUUGUGUUCCUGUUAAAGCUCUUUGGACCUCCUCAAAAUACCAGGAUGUCCCAUCCAGGGUGAUGGUCCAGCUACAGGUUUCCAGUCCAGCUGUUAAGCCACAGUGUCAAAACUUUCUGAAAGCCCACUCUAAUAGUGUUUCUGCUGCUCCCCUACGACCGCAAUCCAAAGGUUCUUCUGUAGCUUUACAUCGCUCAGCCUCCUGCAGCUCUACAGAGGACCCGGACUUGAAGUUACAGGUGCAAGGUCACACUGUAGAUUUCAUAAAACAUAAUGCCCGGGCUGCAGGAAGAACUGUACCUCGUCGGUCCCAGUCCCUGACAAACCUUCGAGAAAAGCCUGUGCCCAGUGCAGUAAAGGGCCAGGUGCCUCAGUACCUUGAGGAGAGGAAGGAGCAGUGGCGUAAAGAAGAGGAGGAGAGGAGGAGGAAUGCACCUGAUCCUUCAGCUCCACCUGGUCACACGCUGAUGCCUGAAAAUGAAAGACAGGAGACACUGAAGUCCCUGCAAGAGACCCACCGCUCCUUGGUGACCGAGCUGCUCUCACUCCCUCUGAAAGCUGACACUUUGAGUCUUCGCUCGCGUCGGGCUCAUCUUGAUUGUAGGCUUUCUGAAAUCGAGGAGGCCAUCAAAAUAUUCUCCAGGGAGAAAGUGUACAUAAAAAUAGAUUCCUAGCACAUGGGGGGGAAUACAAAGAGGAGAGGAUGAUCUUGUGAAUCCACUGCUAUUGCUGUUGAGAUUAAUGUUCUUUUUGUAGUUGCAUUAUGAAAAAUAACACUGACCCUUGUGGAAAAAAAUGACUAUUUUCAUGUUAUAAAAGUAUUUUGUAAACUGAAAAAUUUAUUAUGUAACCAGAGUGAUUUUUACAAAAGGUAAUGUAUUUUUUACCUCUGUGACACUGAUGUAAAUGUACUGGCCAGUAUUUGUUUGAAUAAUAUGCAUUUGUUUUGUGGAAGAAAAACAAUUGUGAAAAAAGUGAAAACCUUAAGUGUCAUUUGCUGAGAUGUGAUUUGUUUUGUCUUUGUGUAAAGCUCGCCAGUGAUUUAUAAUGAAUAUUUUUUUGGAAAUUACUGUAUACAAACAUUUUAAAAAUUUUAUGUAUUAAAACUUUCCAAGCACUACAAUUUGUAGACAUACCCCUAAAGAGUAAUUUUAUAUGUUUGAAAUUAAAAAAACAAAAAAACAUAA